GCCGCAUCUCAAACACGACUGCCAGCGUCGACAUCUCCUGGGCAUCUGCUACGACUACUGUCUGCAUCUUCGCACGCUCAUUGAACGCUGCAGCUGGGCGAGUGCGGUGCAUGGCCUGCUGCAACCUGUACAUUGAUUGAAUCGAAUCGACAGGGAAGCACACUGCUACCAUCCCGCCCUGCACCCACACUUCUGUUCGCACCAAGUCGCAACGCAACCUUCUCUCCGCUGCACACGCUCACCAACGCACACACGACCUCCCGCGCACCCUCCCCCUCCCUCACUCCCGCCAUCGUUCACGCAUUCGGGGGCGUACGGCGUACGGCGUUGUGUGCGGCCUGGUAGUGCCCACCGAAACGCUGUUGCUGGGAGCUGCUGCUGCUGCUUCGACUCCGCGCUCUAGCCUGCCUGCCUGGCACCACCCUACUCCGAUUCCUCGCACCAACGACUCGCCCGCCCACGCAUCGCGCCGCUCCUGUCCUCCACCACUAGAGGCGCCGCCAUGUCGGCUGCCUUCGCCAACGGCGGCGAUGCCGUCAAGUCCGCUGCCGCCCACUCGUCUAGCGGCUCGAAGCAGCUCAAGAGCAAUGUCAGCGGCAAGACGCUGGACACCACCCGCAAGCAAGCUGGAAGUCCCAUUGACGGGCCAACAAAGAAGAAAGCAUGGGACAACACGAACGCCUCCAUCAGAAAUGCAAACGGCAGCGCGAAACCCCCGUCUCCAGCACCAUCGCAAAUGCAGAAUAAGCAGCUGCACGACCGGACUGUCUUUCUAUACUCUCAAUUGAUCGGUCAAGAUGUGACAGUGUCCCUCACAUCCGGCGAGCAAUUCACUGGGGUGUAUAGCGGGACCUCGGACGGUUAUGAGCAUCACAUUAUCAAAAUGACCAAACAGACAAGGCAUGCAGGCCAGUCGCAGGUCAAUGGCAACUCAGCAUCUGACUUUACGGGAACUGGUUCCGACCACGAGCUGACCGUCCAUAUCGAUGAUGUUGCUGACAUUGCUGUGCCGAAUGUGAAGCUCGCUGCGGCUGUCACCACUCAGCAGAAUGGCUCAGCAGGAUUUCGCACAGACACCCAGAUCUCGGGGCAGGACUCACACUUGUUCCGUGAGCGUGAGCUGCAGCCCUGGCAAGCUGACCCGAGCACGGAUGUGGAUCUGUCGCUGGAAGUGACCAGCGGUGGGGAAUGGGACCAAUUUGCAGCCAACAAGAGAUUGUACGGCGUAGAUACCGACUACAACGAGGAGAUGUACACCACCUCCAUCGACCGCAGCAACCCAGAAUAUCGAAGGCGAGAAUUGGAGGCUGAGCGCAUAGCCGCGGAGAUUGAAAGAUCGGCGCCAGCCAAUGCACAUAUUGCUGAAGAACGGAGAAGAGACGCACAAUGCGAUGAUGCUGGGGGUGAUGAGGAAGACAAAUACUCGGGCGUCAGGAGAGAUGGGAGUGCCCUGCCCAAGCGCACUGCUGGUGCGUACGUGCCUCCCUCACAGAGACCUAUCACUGGAGCGCCCACUGUGCCUGGAGCGCCAUUCGAUCCGGCCAUCAUCUCAAGCGAGAUCAAGAUUAAAACACCCACACCAGCAAUCGUGGCACCACCAGCCGAUCCGACUCAGCCGGCGAGCAAACCUGCUGCGCCAGAACCUCAAGCACCUGCGGCAGUGCCGGUCGGUGCCGUGAACCACGGACCAGAGUAUCAUGUCUCGGCAGCACGGGACGCGUUCAAGCACUUCGCCAACACCGAAAAGCUUCGCAUCAAGCAGGCGCAGGAGGCCAAGCGCAAUAAUGUUCGACAGGAGAAGAACGUGAAGCUGAAUGAUCUGAAGAAGUUUGCCGCCAACUUCAAGCUGAACAGCAGAGUACCCGAUGAUCUUGUGCCCAUCCUAGCCAAGGAUCCAGGCAAGCAGGUUGAGAUCCAGACGAAGGCCGAGCAAGCUGCCAAGGAGGCCGAAUUGAGAUCCAAAGAAAGGUCCGCUAGCAAAGCAUCGAGUGCGGCCUCACCAGCCGCAUCUUCAAAUUUAACACAAGCGGCUCUCGCUUCGACGACUUUACCAUCAUCAUCAAAUCAGCCAAAUCGCAAGGGCGUGCCCCAACUACACACUGGAGUGCAGCCUGGACAGAAUCAAUCGCCCCGUGGUCAAUUGAACGCUCAGUUCCCAUCUCGGCAGCAGAUCCGCGGUCAGCCCCCAGCACCGAACCUUCGCAUGCCCAGCGGAUCACAAGGCGCGUCGUCCGAGAUGCCACUCAGUCCAGCCUCAGCUACAAGCUCGCGAGCACUGAACGUGAAGGCACAAGAGUUCGUUUACAGGCCAGGUGCGCAGUCGUUCGCGCCAAAUGCAUCUCCAAGCCCUGCCCACACCACCAGUGGUGUGGGACCCUCGCCGAGCACACCGAACCAGCCAAUCCCCUCAUUUUUUGACUCGAAAAAGACUAAGGAUACCAUUCCACUGUCGGAGUGCUUUGACGCUAUCACAUUCCUUGCUGGAGCGGACUACACUGAAGAGCAGAAGAAGAAGUAUGCUCCUAAUGGAGGUGUUCCAUACAGUUAUAACACACCCGUAACCUGGAGCACUACCAAGGAGAACGAAGCGAAGUCCAUCGACGAGUUGUACCAGAAGUUGUACCCUCCAUCACGAACUGCAAGUCAAGGGCCUUCACCGAUGCAGACUCCUCUGCCUGGACAGAUGCCUCAGCAGCUGCCUCCACAUGGUAUGCCCGUGCAAGUGAUGCCGGUGCCCAACCAGCGCCAGCCCUACUACGGCCCUCAGUCUGGACACAUGCCCGGAUACCCGGGCCCUAACAUGCCUGCACAUUUCCAGCAACAGCAUAGCGUUCAGAAUUCGCCUCGUGUGCAACCUAUGGGACCUUUCAAUGGACAGGUUCCGAUGCAGCCAUUUCAAGGCCAAGGCAUUCCGGGCUACGGAGCGAGCCCUUCGAUGGGCCACCGCCAGCCCAUGCCACCAGGAGGAAUGAUGCCAUAUCAGCCAGGACAGAUGAUCCCACAACCGCGCCCUGGCUAUCCUGGCCAUGGCUUCCCACCGCAGCAAAUGGGCGGACACAUGAUGAUGCCCAACCCAUCCGCUGGUGGAUACAGUGGUCCAGUGCCGGGCUUCUCGCCCAUGCCACACCAAGCACAACCACAUAUGCCAUAUCCUCAGCACGGCCCUGGCGGGUUCAUGGCGGGUAGCCCCAGACCGCACCCGAUGUCGCAGCAGGGAUCGCAACAGGGGUAUCAGCCUCACCCUCCGCCUGGUGGUCAACAUCCAAUGCAUUUCCAACGCACCAUGUCUGGCGGCUACCAUCAGAUGACGCCUCGCCAGCAAGCAGCCAUGCCUCACCAUGGCAGUCCGGGCAUGGGACCUGCUCAGGGCGACGAAGUGAAAUGAGAAGCUACCUCGGCAUCGCGCACCAUUCUUAAUACCUUUGGAGGCUCUUCUAUUCGUUUGCCAUUUCGAGACCCUCGAUUAGGUCUCGUAUGCUGCGAAGCCAACGAUGUCAUCCAUCAGGCUUCGUCUAUAUUGUAUGGCGACACUGCCCCGCGGUUCAAGACACAUCACUUGGAUAGCGCGAACGUUCCACUACUCGUCCAAUGCUUGCGAGGCUCAACAUCCCCUCUGGGCAGAACCUGAGCGCCUUGCCGACGUUAUUCUGACUGUGCUGCAUUUGGCGCGCACUCAGAAGAUGAAGCAAAGCAUUUGUAGGGCUCUCCAGGCCACACCCACCCGCGGUUUAGUCGAGCAUACUCCGGCCGCUGGAGUCGAAGCAACGCACAGUCGUGGAAAAAUUGUUGGUCACUGGACAAGUAUCAAAAGAGCACGAUCCCUGCCUCAGUGCAUGCUCUGCUGGCUCGGCCAGAAUGUGAUGGGGAAGAGAGCAAAGACCUUGGGCAUGUGAGAGGAAGACUAUGGCCACAGAGGUAAGGCUUGUGUGAAGAAAGUCUCUGUUCUGAUCAUCACGGCGAGAUGUAUGUGCAAAGAGUGAGGUAGAAAGUGGACGUUUAAGACAUUUGAAAAAUCACCUCAUGUU